CGCCCCUUCAUAGUCGUAACUCUCCUGCCGCCAUUUUGACCCGCAGUGGCGUUCUCCGACGAAGACUGCGGUUAUUCUUCAUCUUUAACAUUUCAAACCUUAAACCGGUAAUGACCAAGAGACCAGAUAUACCUGCUUCACGCACUUCUUUCAUCCAUUGCGGGUUACGAGGUUGUAAAAUUUGCGGUGUAUUUAAUGGCCGCUUCAGGCCGCGCGGCCUUCAUUAACAGUACAGACCUAGAUAAUAAGGAAAAUAACUACAUAAAGAACAUAUCAGUCAAAUUCUUUGGGAAAUAACUUUUGAUUUGUUUAAAGAAAACUGUUGCGGUCUAACUAUUACGUUGAUGUAGACUUAUGUAACCUUUUAAACCGUUCCGGCAUUUAGCUUUAGCCGCUUAGCUAACCCUUUUAUAAACGUCACCGGUUAUUCUACAUAAACGGAAUAAAUAGUGUUGAUUUAUGUGGGCUUGAUCGAAAUUAACGGCAACAAGUGUAAAGACAAGUCCUAAUCUAAAUAUAGGCCUGAAUUCGGUUCCGGUUCUUUCCCGGCAUUUCUUGUUGUGAACGCUCGUUCCUGAUUAGCGGCAGACUCGGUCUACAAUGGAACAAAGUGUUGUACUGUUGUGUGUGUGUACUGUGUUUGUGCUCUCUCAUUAACCUUUUUCAGUUUCCCCCCAGAGUGUCUUUGUUGGUCUUUAGGUUUUUUUCUGUGAAGAUCCUCGAUGUGGAGAGUUUGUUGUUGGCAGAAGAUUUUUUGGGGGUCCUGACCAGUGUUAUUAGCAGCAGCAGCUACAGAAGAACCAGUUCUCCUCACCCUUGAUGCCCAAACAAGGCAGAGAAGAAGCUGAAGAUUUUUUCCCCCCAUCAUCUACCCCACUUUUGGCACUUUUUUGCAUCGGUUAAAGUUUUUUUCCCCCGUGCUUUGCUCUAUGCCCCUCCCACUUUAUUUUAUUUAAUUAGUCGUCUUAAUUUUUAUCCAAAAAAAAGCAACCCACCAACAACAACUCAACAAAGACUUUUGCAGACGCUGUUGAUGUGGUUUAGCGAUCUGUCGGGAUAAAGAUGUCUCUCAGAGUCUCAGGAAAGGGCUGUCAUAGGAAGACCAGGUUCUCUGGGCACUCCAUCCCCUUAUUCCUCUUAUCUCAUGGAUCAAGUGUUCCUUCAGGACUCCACACAACUGCGGAGACUUCGUUCAAGCAGUGCAUUCAGAGGGGAGGCUGCUGUUCCACCCAACCAGAAAGAGUCCUGUUGGCCCUGAAGACCACAGCCAGCUGUUGGGUCCUUUCCGAGCUCCAGUGUUACUAUGACCAACCAUGGAGAUGACUGCUACUUCUUCUACUACUCCACCUGCACCAAGGGUGACAGCUGCCCCUUCAGACACUGUGAGGCCGCCAUGGGAAACGAGACCGUCUGCAACCUCUGGCAGGAAGGACGCUGUUUCCGCCCCACCUGCAAGUUUCGUCACAUGGAGAUCACGAAAAACAGAAAGGAGAUUCCCUGUUACUGGGAGAACCAGCCGGCUGGCUGCCAGAAGCCUCACUGCGCCUUCUUUCACGAGAAACCGCGCUGCAUCCAGGGCCUGUUCGUCCCUCCGGAUCAAAGUCAGAGCAAGACUGAGGAAGAGCAGCCUGAAGACACAGCUGCCCCCCCACCUGUAGUUCUCACCACCUCCACUAACCCCCAGCUUAGAGGAGUCAUCAAAACAGACACAACAGAGCCAGUCCCAAGCCCCACCCACCCCCCUGUAGUGAUCAAUGCUGCGGAUGAUGAUGAGGAUGAAGAUGAGGAGGGAGAGGACAGCAGAGUCGGCCCCUCGCCCAGGAAGUUACCCCGAACAGGUGAGACGCUCACGUUCGGGGUUAGCACUCUGGAGGAGAUCCGCCUGAGGAAGGCUCUGAUGGCCAGCAUGAGGACCGGUUACGGUCAGAAAGCCGAAGGUGUUGCCAACGGGGAGAAGGAGAACAUCCAGGCCUUCUUUAGAGCUACAUCGUCACAGUCCAGAGCAGGCCCGCCUGGAUCUGAAGUCCCAGUCCGCUCCAAAAGGGGGGUUUCAGAAAGGCUGGGCCUGAGGAUGCCCCAAACCGGUGGAAGAGGCAGAGAAGGUCUGCCGAUCAGGAAGAGUCUGGCCGAGCGUCUUGGAGGGGUCAUUGAGGAACCAGCAGCACCCACUCAAGAAGGUGUUAAGCCUGUGAAGGACAGACUUGGCUUGUUUUCUGGACCUGCUACAGCUGCACACUCAGGUUCCCCAGCAGAGAAGAACAACGUUUCUGUGAAAGAUCCGGAUCAGAUUCGCAUCAAAACGCUGGAAGAGAUACGGCGAGAGAAGGCAGCCAAGAGCCAGAAAGAUGCUCCUCCAGAUGUUCCCUCAGAUGUUCCUGCAGAGAUCCCCAAGACUGUCAGAGCCACCAGAGGGGUCAAGAGAACGGUUUCUGUGAAGGAGCCCCCCAUCAGUAACAUCAAGACAUUUUCUGAGAUUCAUCUGGCGAAGAAAAAGAGACUGGAGGAUAAACAGGCCAGAAUUUCAAAAACAGCCGAGGGCCCUGUGGAGAAACCUGCAAGCAGAACCCUGGGAGAGUCCGACACCCCUGAAGAUGGGAAGGAGGUUAAGGUCAGGGUCAAAACCCUGGAGGAGAUCCGUAGGGAGAAGGCAGCCCGGCUGCAGGCUCAGCAGGACACAGAGAGCGUGGAGAGCAAAGACCAGGAGAGCCUCCCUAAGAAGAAGAGGCUGCUGCGCGUCCAGAAGCUGGAGUCUCAAAAUCGCAUUGAGACAUCAGAGGACACCCCCACCACAGAGAAGCUGCCGAAGCCCACUAAGACGGGCAGCGUCCAGGUGAAGACCUUCGAGGAGAUAAUAAGGGAGAAACGUCUGCGGCAGCAGGAGGGGCAGGCCAGCAACUCGACUGAUGCUGAUGGCGUCAGGCCCCCUCUGAAGAGGAAGCUCCCCGUUCAGGCCGACCCGGCAUCAUCGGCGCCUUCCUCUCCCGCGGACCCCCCCAGUGUUUCUGUCCGCAAGCUGGUACCUCUGAGGUCCAAAGCUGCUUCAAACGCACAGAAGAUCUCCUUUCAGGGCAGAACCGGUGACGUUACUGAGACUAGAAGCAGCACGUCUCCUUCAGAAGACCAGAACCAGACUGGGUCCACAGAACAAUCUGGAGAGUCCAAAGUGAGACCCAAACUGAAUGUGAAGCCCUCCGUUGUGAAGCUAGCCACGCCGCUGAGGCCGGCCCAGAAGAAGAGGGGGGCGGAGCCAUCAGCUGUGGCUGCAGUUAAACCUCUGAACAGCGCCGCUGCAGUCCAAGAGACCCCGCAGGAGUCCACGUGCACACCCCCACAGGUCCUUCCGUCUCCAGAAGCUCUGCUAAACUCUGCUGUUCCUCGUAGCCCCACCCCCCUGCAGGAGUCAACCCUGGGGGAGGAGGAGCUGCAGACGGUCCCUGUCUUCAAACAGAGUGGAGGCCAGAAGGCUGGCGCCGCCAUCAGAGAGGCGUGCUCGGUCCCUCACAGCCCGGCAGUCAAAACCACGGCCCAGUCCAGAGCCAGACGGACCAGCACAACCCGCCCCACCUCCACGUCGGACUCCACAGCCCCCGCCGUGGACGACUUCGAGGAGCUGAUCAACCAGUUCACCGACGACCACCUGGAGGAGGACGUUGAUCCUGGACUGGGGGAGGACGACCUGCUGCAGGAGCUGUCAGAGAUGAUUGACAGCUGAGCACAAGCCCACAAACACGGAGCUUGAUCAGAGUUUUAGAGUCUGAAGGUUUUACACUUUUGGUCCUAAAGCUUCAUUGUGUCAAGAACUGAAAGACUGUGCUGGCCCGGGGGGGCGGAACCAUGGGACUGGCUGAUGAUGGAAACUCCCCAUCAUGCAGCUGUCAGGUGGGCAUGCUCUUCGCCCGUCUGAAAAGACCCCCCCACAGAUUCAUCAUCAACUCAGGGACUUGGUGGAGCGUCCAGCCAUUUGUGAGUCCACAUGUAAAUUUCCAUUUCCUGUACAGACGUCUGUGUAAAUAAGACUCUUAAUGAGCUGCUGGACCUUCAAGUCAGCUGAAAGCUCCACCCACUGGCAGCACCUGUCACUCGAGUGUCCUCAGUGGCUCCUCCCACCUUCCCCUCAGCUGUUGUUUGACACGCGUCCAUAAAUAAAGCAGACUUUUGCACCAGUGUUAGACGAUGACCUCACAGGCCCCUCCACGGCCUUCAGUAGACGUUUCUGUGAAAAAUGAGCCAGAAGGACACAACCAGACGACGUAGGAAAGUCUUAAAGCAAUUCAGAAGUGAAAAUAAAAAUACCAAAAGAUUUCCAAAAAUAUCCGAUUCAACAUUAAAAAAUAAAUUCUUGAAUCUAAUUAUUGUUUUUAUGACAAUCCUGAAUGACGGUGAUGCAUUUGCAAAACAAGUCGUAGGGUUUCAAAUGUUUAAUAAAGGAACUUUUAUUGAAAGGAGGAUUAAAAAGUGGAACUUAUAUUUCUCUCUUUUGUCAUUCUGUGAAGUCUGAGGAAUAUUUGAAUUUUCUUUUUUUACUUAAUGGUUUCAACCGUUUUCUCCAUGUUCUUAGAACAUUUUCAUCCUUCAGGAUAUUCCUGUGUGUACUUUUGUUUUUUUUAUUUUAAUUAUUAAACUGUUUUAUGAUCAUUAAAAAUGAAUUGGACAAGUGUGUCAGCACUGACAAAAGUUUAUGCUGUUUGAGAGCACCUUCAGCAAGCUUUUGACCUGAAAUAUCCUAAGAGAAAAUAAAGUUUUGUUUAAACUAUUGAAAUUAUUACAAACUUUGUGUUUUUAUGAUAUGUUUAAGUUUUCUGAGAUGUUUAUUCAUUUCUGAAUUGAUAACAGAGGCUUAAACAAAAGGAGAAAUUCGAUUUCACCCUAAAUUUAGCCUCUUUUUCAUCAAAAAUGUAUUUUUUUUUGUCAGAUUGAUGUAACUUGUCUCUUGGUCUUGUUGGCUCUUUCCUGCCUCGUCUACAGCUUUCAAACGCUGUCUUUCACAUCCUUAGAAGAUCCCUCAUCAGAACAUUCAGGAUACAGUUGGUUUCCCGCAGCUUGCUGGUUCAGUGUCUGAAUCUGGUCCAGAUUCUCAGUAGCCUGCAGCCAAAUUUAGAAAUUCUACUCUCACUUUGAGCCACGCUGUGAAGAAAAUUCAUGUCAACCACUUCUCUGGAAUUUUCCUUUAGGUCAUGACUCAAAACUAAUGAUUGAAAGUUAGGGCAGUAGCGUCACUUAGGACCAAAAGUUUGUCUUUUGACAAACUGCAGGCUCAAUCACAGCUUGUGUCUAUUAAUCUCAUUUAUUAUAAAGAUACUCCCCAAAUACCUAAACUCCAGCUCUCCACCUGGCUAGGAAAGAGUGAAAAAGACCAGAGACUACAGGAAAGCUUCCACUGUGUUUUCCUGCAAAUCCACACCCUGAAGUAAAAACUACAAAUCACAGUCACUAUAACACACUUAUAGAAAACCACCAAUCACAUUUUGGUUAAUGCAAAUGUUGACACUGUUUAUGGUUGUGUCUCUUGCUCCUUCUUACUUUUGUCUUUAUUCCUGGGGCUAUCAUGUCUAACUCCUGUAAUCCUCUCUUUAAAAAAUGUGUGCACAGAAGCUCUGAAUUUGUCAAAUAAACAUCAGUCUGAGAAGAAA